UUUUUUAUUUGACAAUCAUCAUUUGUUGUUGUUCUCACCUUGGAUUAUAUUUUUUUUUAUAGUUUUUUUUUCCUGUAAUUAGUGUUACUAUUAAUUGUUAAAUAAUAAAUAGUGGUAACAAUGAACAACGUCAAUGUAUUGUUAAUUAUUUUAAAAAUAAAUAAAUAAUCUUAGGAAUGGUGUGACAGUGUGUUGUUGUUGUUGUUGUUGUUGUUAUUAUUAAUAAAAUGUCAAAACGUUGGGGAACUGAUUAUGAACUCACUGACUAUCGUGAUCUCCAGGCCAAUACAAUGGCUUUGGACUCAACAGGCAGCUAUCUCUUAUUAGCUGGACGACGUUGUUUUGCACUUAGACAUCUUGACAAUGCUACAGAUGUUCUAAAAAAAUAUCCACGUCAAAGUAAAUAUGAAGUUGGUACAGCUGAAUGGAAUCCAACAUCACCAAAUUGUCAUUUGUGUGCAGUUUCAAGUAAUACUAGAGUUGAAAUAUUAAGUUUUGCUGGUACUGGACAAGAAUUACAAACAACACAUAGUCUUCGUGGUCAUACACGUGUUAUAUCUGAUUUAAAUUGGCAUCCAAAAGAGCCAGAUAUAAUAGCAACAUGUAGUAUUGAUACAUUUAUUCAUAUAUGGGAUAUACGUGAUCAACGUAAACCAGCAUUAUCAUUAUCAUCUGUUGCUGGUUCAUCACAAGUACGUUGGAAUCCAUUAUCACCAAAUACACUUGCAACAUCACAUGAUGGUGAUAUUAAAAUAUGGGAUCAAAGACAAGGAAAUAAUCCAAUACAAUAUAUAACAGCACAUUUAACUAAAAUACAUGGUCUUGAUUGGUGUCCAUUUAAACAAAAUCAAAUAGCAACAUCAAGUCAAGAUUGUACUGUUAAAAUAUUUGAUACAUGUAAUCCAAGAAGAGCUGAAAGUAUAUUAACAACAAAUUCACCAGUAUGGAGAGCAAGAUAUACACCAUUUGGUGAAGGUCUUGUGACAAUUGUUGUACCACAAUUACGACGUGGUGAAAAUAGUUUAUUAUUAUGGAAUACAUCAAAUCUUGGUGCACCAAUAUGUACAUUUGUUGGACAUAAUGAUGUUGUACUUGAAUUUCAAUGGAGAAAUAAAAAUUUAGAUAAUUCAAAUUAUGAAUUAAUAACAUGGUCAAAAGAUCAAUGUCUUAGAAUAUUUAAAAUUGAUCCAUUUUUAAAAAAAUUAUGUGGACGUGAAAUUGAUAAUGAUACAUCAAUAUAUACACAAUAUUCAGAAGAUACAAAUUUACGUACAUUAAGAUCAGUACAACAAAUGCAAAUACAUGAUUCACAAAUAAUAAAACCACAAUUAAAUUUUAUAACAACAAAUUUAGAUGAUUUAAAUAAAAAUAAUAUUAAAAAUGAUAUUAUUAGAAUUAAUGAUAAUGAUAAUGAUAUACCAUCACCAACACAACCAAAAACAUUACAACAAGAAUUUUCAUUGAUAAAUAUGAAUAUACCAAAUAUUGAAUUAAAUGCAAUGGAUGCUGUUGAAAGAAGUUGUACUGUUACAGCUAGAAAUAAAAAUUAUAAUAUUAUAUUAAAAGUAAAUUUUCCAAGUAAUUAUCCAUGUAAUGCACAACCAACAUUUCAAUUUUGUCCUGGUACAACAAUUGAUAAUACAACAAUGACAAAAUUAUUACGUGUAUUAAAACAAACAUCACAACAAAGAGUUAAAAAAAAUAGAUCAUGUUUAGAGCCAUGUUUAAGACAAUUAAUAACAACAUUAGAACAAACAUGUACUAAUGAUGAAACAGAUACAACAACUGGUCAUCUUGGUUAUAUACAAACAAAUAAUGAUUUUUUAAAUUCAACAAAUAUUUGUACAAAUUUUCAAGAUACAUUUAUACCAUUUCCUCGUACAUCUGGUGCAAAAUUUUCAAGUGUUGGUAUACUUGUUUGUUUUGGUAGAUCAAUAUUUUCACGUAGAUCAUCAAUUAAAAAUGAUGUUACAACACCAAGAGCAUUAUCAGCACUUGGAACAACAAAUAAUAAUAGUGGUCCAUUUAUGACAAUGUUUCCUGGUACAUUUGGACAACCUGGUGAUACAAUGUCAAUAAGUUCAUUUUAUUUUAAAGAUCGUAAAAUUAUUAAAAAAAGUACAUAUGGAUCAAAUCAAAAAACACAUAAUAAAAAUUAUUCAAAAAAUUUAUAUUCAAUGGUUACUGUAUUUGAUGUAUCAUCAUUAUUUUUUAUAAAUAAAGAAUUAGCUGAAAAAUAUAUUAUAAAUAUAACAGAUAUACCUGGUAUGUGUCAACAUAAUGCAAAUAUUGCUGCAUCAUUAGAACGUCCAGAUCUUGUACAAGCAUGGUGUCUUGCUGCUCAAGUUAUAUCACCAUCAUUGACAAAUACAACAACAACAUCAGCACAAACACCUGAUAUUAUUCCACCUUGGCCACUUCAUCCAUUUGGACAAAAUAUGAUUCAUUCAUUAAUUCAACACUAUGCUAAUCAAUCAGACAUACAAAUGGCUGGAAUGUUGAGUUGUGCUUUUAGUCAUCGUUCAGCAAAUCAUGAUACAAAUAAAACAUAUCAACAAAAUAAUAAAUCCAACAAAAUAAGUAGGCUUUUCACUGGGAAAUGGUGGUCAAAGCCUGGUGGAUCACCAUAUCAUACAAUUCAUCCAGCAAACACAACAACUGAGGGUUGGAAUUUCCAAAAUAUUAAACAUAAUAGAUCAAAUUCAUGGUCAGAAUCACUUGAUGAUUUAAAAUUAAAUAAUGAUAGUUAUGAUAAUGGUAAACGUAUAAAAUUAUUGGAUGAUAAAAAUGCACAGCUUUAUGAUAGUUAUAAAAAAGCAUAUGCUGAAGUUUUACAUCGUUGGAGAUUACUUGAUGCAAGAGCACAAGUAUUAAAACAUGUUAGUUCAUUACCAACUGAAACACCAAAAGAAGUAGAAUUUCAAAGUGAAUGUCAAAUUUGUAUUAAAACUAGCAAAGGACCACAAUGUUCAAGCUGUAAACGUUUUGCUUUUCAGUGUGUUAUUUGUCAUAUUUCAGUAAGAGGUCCAAGUAAUUUUUGUACAGCAUGUGGACAUGGUGGACACACAAAACAUCUUGCAACUUGGUUUAGUACUGAAACUGUUUGUCCAACUGGAUGUGGAUGUUGUUGUUUACGAGAAAGUAAUUCUCUACUUAAAAUGUAAUUUAUUAUUAUUAUUUAUAAAUAUAUUAUUAUAUAAAAAAUAAGACUGUAAAAACAA